AAUGUGUGAAAUACGCGCGGAUUCAUUCUGUUUGAUUAUAUAACGCCAUGUAAUGCCAUUGAGCAACGAUACUUCGGCGCGGACGAGAAAAGUAUUAUUUGAUACAAAAAAUAAAUCGACUGCUCGAGGUAGCGUUCCAGAGGAGAAUCAAUUUUUGACUAUAGCAGCUGCUUUACCAAUAUUGCCUGGUGCGCCGGUACCCCCAAAGCUGUCAAAGCGUUGUUACAAUUCAUUUAGUUGCACUGGAACCCAAUUUGAAAUUGAAAAUGCAGAAGCUGAAGGAUGCAACGUGGUUACGUUACAAUGGACAGGAGAAACGAGAACGAUCGUGGCAUCGAGAACUCCUGCCGAACGAGAAAAGAACCCUGACAGAAUAUGCCUCGAUAGGCGAGGUCUGACAACAUUUCCUAAUGUCAUUGGAGAGUCCAAAUUGCGAUUGAUGUCUCUUCAGCAUAAUCUGCUAACCAAGAUCGAGAGCUCCAACUUAUCUCAAUUGACAAAACUUGUAUUUCUUGAUUUGUAUGAUAAUCAAAUAGAAAAAGUAUGCGAUUUCGAUUUUUUAGAAAAUUUAAGAGUACUUUUAUUAGGGAAAAAUAGAAUAAGAAGAAUCGAAGGUUUAAAACAACUUUUGAAAUUGGAAGUUUUGGAUUUGCAUGGCAAUCAAAUCCAGCAAAUUACAGGCUUAGAGAACUUGUCGUCGUUAAAAGUAUUAAACUUGGCAGGGAAUAAUAUCAAAACUGUAGGAUGCAAUGAUUUUCAAGGUUUAAUUUCGUUAAAAGAAUUGAAUUUGCGCCGGAAUAAAUUAAAAAGAUUGCUAGGAUUUGACGAGACACCACAAUUACAAAAAUUAUAUUUAAGCAACAAUGAUAUUCAUAAAAUCGAAGAUAUGAGUAGCCUUGCAAAAGCCUUGCAAAUUAAAGAAAUAACAAUAGAUGGUAAUCCAGUAACUUUAAAUACUGAUUAUAUUUCCUUUCUUGUUUCGUACUUGCCAAGUUUGCAACUUCUAUCAACAAUGCAAAUUAGCGAACAAAUUCGAAGAACAGCGAUGGCUUGGAGAUUUUCCAAGGAACAAUCCAAUUCAACAUUUCUUGAUCUUAGUACGCAAGUUUGUAUGAGCGUACGUAGAGAAGAAGUGAUAUCAAAUGCUAAAACAAAUUGGGAAUUUCUCAGAACUAAAGUCUCGCUUGACAAUUCCAAUAAAGUGGCGAGCAAUAAUGCAGGCAACAAUAAUAUUAAUAUAUUAUUACGCACACAAAGUUCAAAUAAAUUCAAUGCUAUAAAUCCAAAAAGUUUAGAUAAAGCUAAAGUAAAAGGUUUUGGUAGUCUCACAUCGAUAAAUGAAAAUAUGGAAGCACGAAAGAUACAUAUAAAAAAGAGAAGCAGUUCUAGCGAGAAUUUGUUCAAGUUAGAAGACACAUCUAAAUCAUAUCUUUUAGAAUUUAAACUUCCACCUAUACUAGGUUCGAUAGUAAAUAAUUUAACAAGCAAUAGAUUGUCUAAGAAUAAUAAAGAAAAUGACCGUAAGAUGAAAGUGCUGAGUGAACAUGUCGAAUACGUAUCGGAUAGCGAGACUGACAGUUCACAGAGUCAUGGAAGCUUGAAAAGUGGCUUAAAAUGUCAUCUAUUUACUCCUACUAUGUACGGUUCAGCUAUAGAUUAUGAUAAAUCUAUUGUCUGUAAUGAAUUUGCUGUAGCGAAGGAUAUGUCUUCGAUUACCGCAACAAAUUUUUAUAUUAAUGAUAAUGAAAACCAUGUACACGAUAAGGAAGCACUUGCUGCAACUCCAAAGAAUUCCUUAAAAUGUCAUGAUGUAGUGCGAAACGAAAAUACAGGCUUAAAUAAUAGAUCGUUCCAAAAUACAAAGGUAUUUCAUGCUCAAGAUGGUCAGAAUGAUUACCAAUCAAAAUUGACCACAAGUUCUUCUGGAUAUUGUUCUUUGAGUUCAAAGACUAGUAGUGUAGACAGUUGUAAAUCAUUGUUGAGUGAUUCUAGCGUUUCAUCGAUUACUAAAAACGCUCACAAAUCUCACGAAAGUGAUAAGGAUCAUAAAAGUAGAAUUAAGAGUGCUCAAACAAAAAAGAUAGUAUAUUAUAAAAAUAAUAGAGCUGCAACAGCCAGAGCGAAAUUUAGAGCUCUUGCUCCGUCAAGUCCGCCUCUUCAGCAAGUACCACCUAAAGAAAGGGAACAGGGUGGGGAUUAUUUAAUAGAAAUCGUUGGUCGCUGCCUGAAUAUAUACGGUCAAGGUGCUUUACGCUUUAUAGAUAAAACUUGGGACGUGUCAAAGGCUCAAGAUGUCAACGUUGUAAAAUUUAAUUAUGUACAAUUUAAUGAUGUGGCAAAAAUUUUAAGCAAAUUAAAGAAUAGAUUUCCUCAUGCGGAGCAUUUCGUAUUUAAAGAAACUAACAUCAAUCUUCUUGGUCAAUUAAAUGCCUUAGCUGAAGUACAAGGGUUGACCAGUUUAGAGAUAGAUGCAGGGAAUCCUAUUGUGUCUAAAGAUUGGAAAAUGUAUGCUAUAUUUCGAUUAGCUCAUUGGGGACUUGCAGUUAUCAAUGGCAAGGAGAUUACAGCUGAAGAUGUGGAACUUGCAAAUCAAGAAUAUACCGGUCUUAUAGAUAUAGUAAUGUGUUCACUGCCAGAUUCUUUAUUACAACCUUUGUUACAAAGACUUCAUUUAGAGAAAGUGCAAAAACAAAGCGGGGAACAAAUUACUGCCAAACAAUUUCUGUUCAACUGUGACCCGGCACUUCGAAGUGUUGUUGCCAAGGAGGCGUUACAAUGGAGAAAGGGAAAUGUAACGCAGGAAGAUCUUAUCUGGAGACACAAAGGGAAAAUACAUUUGCUAAAUUUAAUCAAUCUCACUAUAAAUGCUAUACACAAGUUACAAAUCCUAGAAAAGCAAUGGCCAUGCAUUCUGUAUGAGAUCGUUUCUAAUACUCUAUUUGAUUUCUCUGAAAUGGAUAUAUAUAUGAAACGUUGCAGUAAAAUGCUCGAAAGCGAUAAAUAGUAUUGUACAAUAUCCGUGCCUUAAAGAGUUUUAUAUAUAUAUAUAUAUAUAUGUGUGUGUGUGUGUAUAUA